AUUUAGUAUGGAUACUCUGUAUAAAUGCCUUUUGGAGGAAACUUUAAUGAUGGAUGAAGAGGAGGAGGAGGAGGAGGAGGAGGUUGACAGGAGUGAAGAAGACGAAGAUGAAGAGGAGGAAAAGGAAACAGAGGAUUCAGCUGCCGUGAAGCAACAAACUCCAGCCUGGGCUCCAUGUUUCUACUACAGAGUGGGUAAAGAGGUGUACAACUAUGUCGGCCAGGAGAUCAUGAUCGAAGAGGGUCUUGACUCGUUUGCAGGCAUGAUUUGGCCAGCGGCUUCGGCCCUCUGUCACUACCUCGACACUCACCGUAAACAGCCAAGUCUUGUGGACAAAACAGUCCUGGAGAUCGGAGCAGGAACUGGGCUGGUGUCUGUUGUAGCAUCACUCCUCGGUGCCUGGGUCACAGCCACAGACCUCCCAGAGUAUCUAAACAACCUGAGAGUCAACCUGUGCAGAAACACCAGGAACCUCUGCAGACACACUCCCCAGGUGGCAGCUCUGUCCUGGGGCUACAACCUGGAGAGCACCCACCCUUCAUCUGUCUACAGGUACGACUACGUGCUGGCUGCUGAUGUGGUCUACCAUCAUGACUUCCUGGACGAGCUCCUGGCCACCAUGAAGCAUUUCUGCAAACCAGGAACCACUAUUAUCUGGGCCAACAAGAUUAGGUUUAUGACUGAUCUGACUUUCACUGAGAACUUUAAAAAGGCCUUUCACACGAGUCUACUGGCUGAAGAUGGAGAGAUGAAGAUCUUCAUGGCAACAUGCAGAGAAGAAGAGAGAGAAGAUGAUGCAGGCUUAGGAAUCCAGGAUCUCCUGAGAAAGGAGGAGGAAGAAAAGAGUGGUGAUUCUGAGGAUGAAAGGAGUGAAGAAAGGCGUGUGGAGCAACAACACAACAAGGCUGAGCUCGACUGUGAACAAAAAUGUGAAGGAAAAGAAAAUAAUAGCGGCAUAACACGGGAGUCUGACAUGUUAGAGGCUGAAAAAAGGGAUAAAAAGGAAGAAAUGGAGAAGAUGGUGGCCCUCAGAAAUGAUGACUAUGAAGAGGAUGAGGAUGAACCAGAGGACACAGAUUCAGGACAAGAAGACAUAGCAGGACAGGAGUCCAUGAAACACACAACUGUACCGCUGGACUGGACUCCCACCCACAUCAGCAGCUUUGGUAGAGACAUCUAUCAUUACGUAGGGCAGGAGAUUGCAAUUUCUGAAUCCAUAGACUCCUACGGAGCAGUGAUGUGGCCAGCUGCGUUGGCUUUAUGCUCCUUCCUGGAUAACAACAGACACUUAGUGGACCUGCAGGGGAGGACGGUGCUGGAGCUUGGAGCAGGAACAGGACUGGUGACCAUCGUGGCCAGUCUGCUGGGAGCUUCAGUCACAGCUACAGACUUACCAGACGUGCUGAGUAACCUCCGGGCCAACGUGAUGAGGAACACCAAGGGCUGCAGAUACACUCCCCAGGUGGCAACUCUGUCCUGGGGCUACGACUUGGAGAGCACCCACCCUUCAUCUGUCUACAGGUACGACUACGUGCUGGCUGCUGAUGUGGUCUACCAUCAUGACUUCCUGGAUGAGCUCCUGGCCACCAUGAAGCAUUUCUGCAAACCAGGAACCACUAUUAUCUGGGCCAACAGAGUAAGGUUUGUGACUGAUCUGACUUUCACUGAUAACUUUAAAAAGGCCUUUCACACGAGUCUACUGGCUGAAGACGAAGAGAUGAAGAUCUUCAUGGCAACGUGCAGAAAGUAAUAAUAACAGCAAUAAUACAUUUUGUUUAUAAAGCGAUUUUCCAAACGCUUAAAGACGCUGCACAGUGAAUAAAAACAACAAGAAAUAAAAACAACAUGCAAAAAAAAAAACAACGGCAGAAAGCAAAAAGCAUUAAGUGCAUUUAGAAACAAUCACACAUUAAAAGUAUUUUUGUAGA